AAUUCAGUCUCUAUCUCUCGUAUCGUCUCAAGCCGUGGCGCCCAAGAAAGACUCUACUCUAAAGGAGAAUCUCGCAGAGAGGAGGAAGGUUCGCGAAAUCCAGCUUCGAAAAUGGGAUGGGUCUGGAGAGACGACACCGGAGAAUUGGAUUCAUCCGCCGUCGAUGCCGCUAAGAUCAACAAUUCUGCCGCUCCGUCCUUCAGCGAUCGGUGUUCGACCAGAAAAGUGGUGAAGUCGCAGUGCAAGACCGAGGAGGUUGAGCCCGGAAAAUUUGUCAGGAAGUGCGAGAGAACCGAGGAGAUUCUCAGAGACUGCAUUGGAAGGCCGGUCGAAGUGAUACAGUCCAACAAGGAAUUUACGGAAGAGGAUGUAACGGAUCAGAUGGUCAAUAGGUCAUUCUCACCGGGAUCGUCAGAACAUCGACCAUUUGAUUUCCCUGGGCUCCGUAGUGAUAUUGAUGCAAUUGAGCAGAGUCUCUUUGGUAGCAUGAAGGGGUUCUUUGAAGCAGCUGAAGAGAUUAAGAAUGGUUUUUUUGGUUCUUUGAGAGAUCCACCCCUAUUCAACAGAGAGUCUUCAUCCUCCCCGUCGAUGAGACGAGGAAUACCCAUAGAAGAUCAUGAACCAGCGUUCUUCUCUAACCAAAAAGAGCCCGAUUCCGGUCAUGUUGAUCUAUCUGGAUUGGCCAGGGAUGUCUAAAUGCCCUAGAUGAACCUGAUUGUCCUUUUUUUUUCAGAUGUUAGAUACGAUGAGUACACAGUAUAUUAUCUUUAUUUUUGGUGGCUGUACAUUUGGUAAUCAAUAAAAUAUACUCUUUAGUUUUCCUUCAGCAA